CACUCACUUACCGUAUGACCGGGCUAAUCCAGACACUGGCUAGCUAUAAAAACCGCUGCCGGAGCACCAAACUCUUCCCUCCCUCCUUCGCAAUUCCCACUACGUACACAGUGAGCACACUGAAGAGACGACCUAAGCUGGCCCCGCGCGCUCGUCGGCACGGUGCUCAUCUCCUCAUCCUGUCGGCCUCUCGACCCACCGGCCACCGGGAACGAACCGGAAAAAUGCCCCGCCACCUGCUGCAGCAGUCCGUCGACCGCCUCGCCGCGAUGGCCGCGGCUCCGGCGGCCAUGGACGGCGGUGGGACGAGCGCGCAGACGGACACGGUCCUCAUCGUGAUUGCGGUGCUCUGCUUCCUGCUGUGCGUGGUCGGGCUGGCCAUGGUCGCGCGCUGCUCCCUGCUCUGCAACCCCUCCGCCUUCUCCGUCGACGUGCCCGGGGGAACGCCGGCCAAGGCGCCGUGCGGCGGCCUGGAGAAGAAGGCGCUGCAGUCGCUGCCGACCGUGUCGUGGCGGCCGGAGCAGAGGGAAGUUGACGAGGAGGAGGGGGAGCGGCCGGAGUGCGCCAUCUGCCUGGCGGAGUUCGCGCGCGGCGACGAGGUGCGCGUGCUCCCGCACUGCGGCCACGGCUUCCACGCCGCCUGCGUCGACGUGUGGCUCCUCUCCAGCUCCACCUGCCCCUCCUGCCGCCGCGCCCUCGUCGUCGUGUUGCCGGCGCCGGCGCCGCCAACCACCCACCCUCCGGCGUGUACGACGACGUGCGGUGCCGUGGCAGGCCGCUGCCGGUCGUCGGCAUCGUAGGCGACGGACCGGCCGGUGCGCUGUACCUUGGACUUGGAACAUUCCUGGUCUGUUGCAGCUGGUGCUGCAGAGUGCAGAUUAUGUUCAGACGUAGUCCUUCAUGUACGUACGUACAUACGCGCCAUUUGAUUCGUUUACAUACAUUUCCCAUGUGCCAUGUCAUCUGUACAUAUCAGUAUACCGUACCAUGCACACACACAAAAAAUCAGUAUACCGUGUACUGUAUACUCGUAGGUGCAACUGGACGGUGUGCACGCGAUGGGUCGAUGAUGCACCACUUAAUACGUGUCUGUAAAAACAUUUUUCGUCGUUAAAAUGCAGUCAUGCAUG